AUGGCUGCGGAGCGAUCUUCUGUAUCUGUUUGGUUUGAGCCCAUGACUGCUUUGGUUCUCCCAGUUGAAGCUUCUAGUUCUCAAGUUGCUCCUGAUGUUCUUGAGAUUCUUCCAGCAAGAGUUCCUGCUAUCACUUUGCCAACUGUUUCUUCAUCAGUGGCUAUUGCCUCUUCAUCAGCCACUUCUCUUUCCGUUGCUGAGCUUACAUCCCCUAUAAACUCAGAAAAAUCUCUUGUUGAACUUGCUCCUGAAAAGUCUAAGAAACAAUAUGAAACCCAGCUUGAGAGCCUUCAGUCUCAAUUUAAAUCGGCCACAAACCUCAAUACUGAAUUAUCUUCCAAAUUAGAGAAGCAGCUCGCUGAGACUAAUAAGCUGAGAUCUGAUUACGAGUCCACCUUGGCUGACAAACUUAAAUCUCUACAGUUAAAGGAUGAGGAAAUAACUUCUUUAAAUACUUCUUUGAAUACAGCUAAAAUGGAGGCUUCCACAAAAGACGCCGAACUGAAGUCUUCUCGAACAACCUUGGUGGAGUAUAAAGCUGGUGAAGAUAAUCGCUUUAAAGAUCGGGCCAUGACUCUAAUCAGCUCUACUGAAUUCAAUAGGCCAAUUAUAAAAUCUAUUUUGGCAGCCUAUACGACCGGAGCUGAAGGAGCAACACGAUUGCAAGAAGAAGGCUUCCAAUCUCGUGAUCCUCCCCCUAACUUCUUGAAUCACCGCAAGCUGAUUGACAACAGGCCUGCUAAUCUAUUUUCUCAAUUAUCUAUAGAGUAA